AGCUCGCAAGCAAACCACACGACGAGGAGGAGGAGGAGAAGGAGGAGGAGGACUCUCACUGUCUCAGAUCACACCCUGAAAAAGCUACCGGCCGGCCAGGGCGGGCCCUAAAAGAGAAGUAGUAGAAGAAAAAGAGCAACUUGUUUGCAGUGGCCGGCCGGAGCAACAGUGCCACGCACACAAGCUAAGCUCAGCUGCAACAGAGGCAUAAUUCUUGUCCAUGGCCGGCGCCGGCGACGCGGGCGUCGGUGGCGGCGAGUGGCCCUUCUCCGCCGACGCUUACGCCGACUCCUCGGCGAUAUUCGCGGAGCUGGGGUGCUGGGCCGCCGGGCUCGACGGCGCAGGGGAGCUUCUACCGCCGCUGGAUCCGCCGGAGGCCAUGCCGCCGCUGGCCUCGGAGGCGGUGGAGACGCCGUCCGGGCCGGUGUCGGUGGACGGUGGCGCGUCGUCGAGCUCCACCGACGACGGCACCGCGCAGGAGGACGCCGACGGGAAGCCGGCCGCCGCGACGGAGGCAGCGAGCAAGCCGGCGGGGAAGACGAAGAAGGGCCAGAAGCGGGCGCGGCAGCCGCGGUUCGCGUUCAUGACCAAGAGCGAGAUCGACCACCUGGAGGACGGAUACCGAUGGAGGAAGUACGGCCAGAAGGCCGUCAAGAACAGCCCCUUCCCAAGGAGCUACUACCGGUGCACCAACAGCAAGUGCACGGUGAAGAAGCGCGUGGAACGCUCCUCCGACGACCCCUCCGUCGUCAUCACCACCUACGAGGGCCAGCACUGCCACCACACCGUCACCUUCCCGCGCGCCCACCUCCACGCCGCUGCCGCCCUCGCCGGCCACAUGGCCUUCUCGGCGCACCACCUCUACAGCAGCAACGACCUGUCGCCGCUGCGGCUCCCCCCGGCUCACAACGCUCUUGACCCCCUCGCCUGCAGUCCGGCGAUGUCCUCACCGCCGUCGCUGCUGCGGCCGUUGCACUGCAACCAGGAGCUGAAUUCUGCAAGCGUGUUCCAGAUGUCGGGGGCGACGACGAUGGCAAUGACUUUUGCAUCGACGCAUUCCACGACGAUCUCGUCGCCGGCCAAUGUUCCGGCGGUGGACAAGGGGCUUCUUGGCGACAUGGUGCCACCGGCUAUGAGGCAUGGAUAGAUGAUGCAUUGCAUGCGGUAGUUAAUUUGGAUAGUACAAUUAAGCAUGCCAGUUAAUACUAGUUACUUUGAUCGAUUAGUUGUUGUUCUUUUUCUUUUUCUUUUUUUUUUUUUGCGGAAGGGGCUCGAAGCCCUAAAAUAUAUUGAGGUAAACAGUACUUA